AAGGCUGCAUCUGAUUUAAAAGACCAAUGUGAGCAAAACAAUAUCUCUGUGAUGUCUUAUGGGAGCUAUGCAGAUACAAACGAUGCAGAGAACCAGCUUGAGCACAUCAAGGUGAUCACGAACGAUGAUUUCAGCUGCGUUAUCCAAUAGUUUCAGUUUUGGAAUUAAGGAGAGCAAGACACAUACGUUUCCUUAAGUAUCAAUCUUUCCACCCUCAAAUGGCUGUUUAACUAGUCGUCAUAAGGAUAGCUUUGGUAGAGCAAGAUAAACAAAUUUGCUAAGGCGAAUGCACUACAAGAAAUGUGACAUUAUGAAGGAUGGUUUAACGGAAAAAUAAGACGACAGUAACAGUCCCAACAUGGGUGAAGAAAGGGGAAGCCGAAAGUCUUGAGCGCUUCGAAAGUAGAGAAUAGGAAUCUUAAAAGGGAGGAUAAAUCACAUACAGCAAUGGAUUUUAAGCAGCGACGUUUUUAAGGGAUGCACAAAAAACGGAAGCGAGCCAUUUUCUCCUUUACAUGCCUUGACGCUGCCAAGUUUGUACUGCGGAGUGUCUUUACUCUUAAAAAGACGAUUUGCCAAAAACUUGUUCAAAAUCACGGCUCUAGAGUGCAAAAAGUCCACUCCCGGUUGAUGUGCGUCGCUCAUAAACAUCGCUGGUUAGACUCCCUAUUGAACCGCUUUCAACUAUCACGGAUUAUGAAAUACAAACACGGAUUGGCAAACACUAGUUCAUUUUAACAUGUGUGAAUGUAAGUGCGGCAAAGCGCAAAGGUUUUUAUCAAGACUGAGGAUGAGCUCUCUCUUGAUUUCACUUAAACUAAGUGUCCGGUGUUGCAUAUAAAUGUAUUUGUUUUGCUUUGAAAGUUUCCGAUUUCAGCAACGUGAAAGAAGCCUAUUAGAGGGACAUGAUUUUAACUAAUAUUUGUUUCCUAACUUGUUUAUAACGUAUGUUUUCCUUUUUACAGGAUAUUGAUGCGAGGAUUAUAUUCGCCUUUUUACAGAAGACAACGAGUGUGAUGUGUUUGGUAAUAAGCAAAGGGCACAAAAGCGCAUAACUCUAAAACUCACGAUAAUAGAGAGGUUUAGCACCACGUACUUUCACACACCAAAUGGCAAAUCGCAAACGCUACUUACUACGUACUAUUUGCUUCCCAAAUGAAAUGGAAACUGGGCGUAAUGCCAUCCAUCCAGCGAAAGCGGAUAUUAACCACAGUCUAUAAUCUAAGUCAAUUCCAUCAAUGUUUCGUGAGCGACAUGAAAUAGAACAAAGUGAAGUUGAAGCAUACAAUCCUUAAUGUAUUUCACAACCAACAAAAAGAAAAACAAAUCAUUUAUAUAUAGAUUUUCCCCCACGCCCCACGUUUUUAAUGGACGUGAAAAUCUUAAACGGCAGGCGGGAGUGAAAAACAUUGAGAGGUCACAACAGUCUCAGUUAUCAGUUCCAACAUGUAACAGUGCUGUUUUUCCGUGGUCUCUCUUUUAAAAGGUUUACAAGCACAAGUUGUAUGGUAAUAAGUACGGCUGGGUAGUCCACACUCCCGACGCGCCUGGAUGGUGGACAAGAACAUACUCUUUUCUUGACUGCACAGCUAGCCAGGUUAACGACGCAGCCGCA